AUGUCGGCAGGCAGGAUGCAGCAGGGCCAACGACCCGGAGGCUCCAGAUUUGCACAGUUCAAGCUUGUGCUGUUAGGUGAAUCGGCUGUCGGAAAGUCGUCUCUAGUAUUGCGCUUUGUCAAAGACCAAUUCGACGACUACCGGGAGUCGACCAUCGGCGCCGCCUUCCUCACGCAGACCAUCGCCCUCGAUGAAAACACAACGGUCAAGUUUGAGAUUUGGGAUACUGCUGGCCAGGAGCGGUACAAGUCCCUUGCCCCCAUGUACUACCGAAACGCAAACUGCGCCGUAGUCGUCUACGACAUCACACAAGCUGCAUCUCUGGACAAGGCAAAGGCUUGGGUCAAGGAACUACAGCGCCAAGCAAACGAAAACAUCAUCAUCGCCCUUGCCGGAAACAAGCUCGACUUGGUGACCGAGUCGCCCGACAAGCGCGCCAUCUCGACGGCCGAUGCCGAGCAAUAUGCCCGCGAGGCCGGCCUGCUCUUCUUCGAGACGUCUGCCAAGACGAGCGAGAAUGUAAAGGAACUCUUCACAGCCAUUGCCAAGAAGCUGCCCAUUGACCAGGCCGGCCCACGAAACCUGAGGCCAGGCCAGCAACGACCGGGCGUCAACCUGAGGCCAGAGGCCAACCAGACACAGGGCCCUGCCGGCUGCAACUGCUAG